UUGGGGUGCUUUCUUUUUUUUCCCUGCCGGAGGAGUGUGAGUGCUGUGGAUGGGAAGAGGAUGCAUUGUGGGCUACUGGAGGAGCCAGAUAUGGAUUCCACAGAGAGUUGGAUUGAGAGGUGCCUCAAUGAGAGUGAGAGCAAGCGGUACUCCAGCCACACGUCUCUGGGGAAUAUGUCCAAUGAUGAGAAUGACGAGAAAGAGAACAACAGAGCCUGCAAGCGUCACUCCACGCCGGCUACUCUCCAGUGGCUGGAGGAGAACUAUGAGAUCGCCGAAGGUGUGUGUAUUCCUCGCAGUGCGCUCUACAUGCACUACCUGGACUUCUGUGAGAAGCUGGACUCCCAGCCCGUCAACGCAGCCAGCUUCGGCAAGAUUAUAAGACAACAGUUUCCCCAGCUCACUACACGGCGGUUAGGCACCAGGGGCCAGUCAAAGUACCACUACUAUGGCAUUGCGGUGAAGGAGAGCUCGCAGUACUACGACGUGAUGUACUCCAAGAAGGGGGCCGCCUGGGUGAACGAGACGGGCAAGAAGGAGGUGACCAAGCAGACAGUGGCGUAUUCACCGCGCUCCAAGCUGGGCACGCUGCUGCCAGACUUCCCAAAUGUCAGAGACCUAAAUCUGCCGGCCAGCCUGCCAGAGGAGAAGGUUUCAACAUUUAUUAUGAUGUACCGUACUCACUGCCAGAGAAUACUGGACACGGUCAUCCGGGCCAAUUUUGAUGAGGUCCAGAGCUUCCUGCUCCACUUCUGGCAGGGCAUGCCCCCCCACAUGCUGCCGGUGCUGGGCUCCUCCAUCGUGGUCAACAUUGUGGGCGUGUGCGACUCCAUCCUCUACAAGGCCAUCUCCGGGGUCCUAAUGCCCACUGUGUUACAGGCCCUGCCUGACAGUUUAACGCAGGUGAUUCGUAAAUUCGCCAAGCAACUAGAUGAGUGGUUGAAAAUCGCACUGCAUGACCUACCAGAAAACCUGCGGAAUAUAAAAUUUGAACUUGCUCGGAGAUUUUCCCAGAUUCUAAAACGGCAAACGUCUUUGAACCAUCUAUGUCAGGCAUCACGGACGGUAAUCCACAGUGCGGACAUCACAUUCCAGAUGCUGGAGGACUGGCGUAAUGUGGACCUGAACAGCAUCACCAAGCAGACCCUCUAUACUAUGGAGGACUCUCGAGAGGACCAGCGCAGACUCAUCAUACAGCUUUAUCAAGAAUUUGACCGGCUCCUGGAAGACCAGUCCCCUAUCGAGGCCUACAUCGAGUGGCUGGACUCCAUGGUGGAUAGAUGUGUGGUAAAGGAGGCCGGGAAGCGGCCGGGAAGCCUGAGGAGGGUGGCCCAGCAGUUCCUGCUCAUGUGGUCGUGUUUUGGAACGCGGGUUAUCCGGGACAUGACCCUUCACAGCGCGCCCAGCUUCGGUUCAUUCCACCUGAUCCACCUGAUGUUUGAUGACUACGUGCUGUACCUGCUGGAGUCUCUUCACUGUCAGGAGAGAGCCAACGAACUCAUGAGGGCCAUGAAGGGAGAGGCCAGCACAGCGGAUCGCGUGGAGGACAUGAUGCUAACAGAGACCACGCCCUCGUCCCCAGCAGCCUACUCGCCCGCCAAAUCCGUCCACUCGGUUGGCGUGCCAGCCCUCAGCUCCCCCACAUCAGCCCAGUCGCCCGAGUACACCGGCGUGGCCACCACCACAGGUGCUGUUCAGUCAUAUACCUGGUCCCUUACGUACACAGUGACUACGUCGGGAGGAUCCCCGCAGGAGGCCGGUGGCCCUCCGCAGCUCUCCUGCAUGCGUAGCACCCCCUCUGUCACGCCACCCGCCGCCGGACACCGCAUGCCAGGCUACCCACACCGCGACGAGCAUGGUUACACAGGCAGCUACAACUACAGCAGUUACAGUAACCAGCACCACCACCCCAUCCAGAGCCAGUACCCCAGCCUGCCCCACGAAGCAGGCCUGCCCACGCCACUCCACUACCCCGCCUACCACCGCAGCCCUGCACAGUACCCCCUGAACAGCCCGAUGUCCCGCAUGGAGCCGUGCCUGAUGGGGGGCACGUCCCGGCUGCAUCCGUCUCCCAUGGCCCCCCGCUGGCCCGACCUGCCCGCCGGCCCUAAUGGCUGCUACUCCUCCUCACCCAUGCACUCCGCUCGCUACAGCGCUGCGUCUGACGUCUACACGCCGCUCGCCCCGCGCCGCACCACUGACUAUGAGCAUGCGCAGCACUUCCCGGGGUUCGCCUACAUUAACGGGGAGGCUGCCACCACCGGCUGGGCCAAGUAAAGCCAGCAGGGGGAGCCUGUGAGUAAAGCUGCGUGCGUGUUCCUGGACAGUAGACAGGGUGGACUAGGCACUACUACUGUCAGGGCCGCUGACAGCUUUGGCUUGGCCCAGUCAUCUGAAAGGGCCCCCACACUCCAAUUCCCCUUGUCCCUGGACAGAGGACAACUGACACGCUUUGUCCUCCCCUGUCGGCUUUGCUGGGAUGGGGCCCCCUGCCACCACUACUGUCUCAGCAAACCAGACACCCAGACACCCACCCAGUCAGCCUGCCAGCCCACCGAGCAGCCAGCCCUGUGCAUCAUGUACAGUGUAAGAAUGUACAGUGGCCCCAGCAGGGCCCGAGGGAGGGGGAGAAGGACAGAUGACCUUACACACUUUGCAGCGAGCUGAGACAAAGCACAGAGACCAAGUGGAAAAAAAGAGCGCUAUCUCCACACAACUGCAACUGUUUUGUUUUGUUUUGUUUUGACAUCUUUCUCCUUAGUGAGAGUCACACAGUCUGCUCUGCUGUGCCUCGUAAUGGUGCAUCCUCACCUCAAACACACACACAUGCACAUAUACACGCACGCACACAUGCACACACGCACGCACACACACGCACACACACACACACACACACAGAUACACACACGUACACACACACACACACACACACAUACACACACAUACACACACGUACACACACACACUAAACGAAACACAACCCCAACCCUGUACUGCAGCCCCCUGUCUUUAUUAAUUGGGGGCUUCACUCUCAGCUACUCGUCUGUGUAAACACUGGCAGCCAAAAUGCGACCCGACUUGCGCAACACCACCGGCUGAUGUUUACCAGCGGGGCCCUGCGCUGACGUCAGGGCCGUGUCUCACCGUCACUACUGGCUAUCUCUCGGUCUACUAACUCUCUCUACAAGCGGCUCGCAUGGUGGGCGUUUAGUCUCCCAGUGGACACCGUGUCUCCUCCACUCCAGCGCUACUGCAUCAAGUGGUCAUACACGCAGGACUCUUGAGGUUUUUUUGUUGUUGUCUGUUUUACUCCUAGCGGAGAGUGUGCCUCGACAGUUCACAUGCAAGUGCUGUACACCACCACGUGCGCUACUGUUCCGGGCGUCUCCUCCUGUGGGUUAUCACAACACAAAUCAAACUGCAGCCAGCCAGAGUCCUCAUGUGCCAUCUACACUGCUGCCACUGCUCUGUCCCAAAUGUGGUACGAUGUCACUUAUUUACAUUAUAUGAAUUAGUGUACUGGGGACAAGCUGCAGGCUUUGCGCCUGCAGGCCUUUUUUACAAAGCCCCCUGAAUUUGGUGAGCAAGGACGUGUCAUAGACUUGUACACUGAAAAACAUUGCAGCCAGUUAAAUGGGAAAAAGAACAUUCCCUCGCUGCCUCAAUUUGAGACUUAACUCAAC